CGAAGACGGAAUUGUAUUCAUUUCUUAGACUUAAAGUUGUUUAAUAAUUUGCUUAGGAUAAAAAAUGAUCCUGUCCCGCUCGAAGCCGGCUACGGACAGCCGCGUCAGCACCGGCUCCAACUCGGCCAAGAAGCACUUCCCUGAGCUGGAGGACUUUGUGCUCAAACGGGACUACGUUGGCGCUCUUACUAUGCUUGAGUUCCUGAAACACGAAGGCAACAAGGACGUGUGGGUGGACGUGUGGACGGCGUGGUGCUGGUUCCACCUGGGGGAGUACGCGCAGGCGCUGGAGGCCUACCAGCGCGUCAAGAUGAGGGACGGCCUCGACGAGCGUGUGACCGACAGUCUAGACAUAGACAUAGCUGUUUGCUACUUCUACCUGGGCAUGUACGAAGAAGCAAAAAAAUCAGCCGAGACGGCUCCUAAAUGUGCUUUAAAAACGCGAUUGCAGUUCCACCUGGCCCACAAGUUGAAUGAAGAGGAGUCCCUGAUGCGGUCACACGCGGCGCUGCGUGAUGUGCCGGAAGACCAGUUAAGUCUGGCCUCCGUGCACUAUCUCCGCGCUCACUACCAGGAGGCCAUCGAUGUUUAUAAGAAGUUGUUGCUAGACCGAAGGAGCUACCUAGCCCUGAACGUGUACGUGGCACUGUGCUACUACAAGCUGGACUACUACGACGUGUCGCAGGAGGUGCUGGGCGUCUACCUCGCCCACCACCCCACCUCCACCGUCGCGUGUAACCUGAAGGCCUGCAACCUGUUUCGACUCUACAACGGCAAAGCGGCCGAAAGUGAACUGAAGCAAAUUUCGUCGGAUCAACAUACUUUUGGCCAAGACUUGGUCAAACACAAUCUAGUUGUGUUCCGAAAUGGGGAAGGUGCACUGAAGGUGUUGCCGGAGCUGGUGGACGUGGUCCCCGAGGCGCGGCUGAACCUGGCGGGGUACCGGCUGCGUGCGCGGGAGCCGCUUGAAGCGCGCGCCUUGUUGGAGCCGCUACAACCUACCUCGCCGCUGCACUACAUCCUGCGCGGCGUCGUCGCCUCCAGGCUAUUCAACGAAACCGGGGAUGAUGAGCAGCUGAAGGUCGCACAGCAGAGCUUCCACCUGGUGGGCAGCUCCGCGUCGGAGUGCGACACCAUUCCGGGCCGCCAGUGCAUGGCCUCCUCAUACUUCCUGGCCAACCAGUUCGAGGAGGUGCUCGUCUACCUCAACUCCAUCAAGAGCUUCUUUGUCAACGAUGACACCUUCAACUUCAAUUACGCUCAGGCUAAAGUAGCGACGGGCGCGUACCGCGAGGCGGAGGAAUGUCUGCUGGCGAUACAGGAUGAGAGCGUCCGCAGUUCAUUCACGUACCUGGCGUGCCUGUGCCGCUGUCACGUCAUGAACCGCGACGCACAUCUAGCCUGGGACAUCUGCCUCAAGGCGGCUGGUACUCCAGACAGUUUCGCACUGCUCCAGAUCGUGGCCAACGACAGCUACCGCAUGGGACAGUUUCUUGUGGCCGCGAGAGCCUUCCAAAUGCUGGACAGGCUAGACGGUGGUCCAGAGAUGUGGGAGGGUCUCCGCGGCGCGGUGUGCGGCUGCGCACAAGCCGCGGCGGCCAGCCGGCCCAACGCGGCGGGGGACCUGCGCGAGGCCCUCGCGCUGCUCAAGGGCCCCCGCGCGCACCCCCGCGCCGACCACAUCCUCCGCCCCAUCACUCGCUGGGCCCAACAGCAGCGGAUACCCGUCUAAUCGGAAGUCACUUGCCAUGUGACUUAACGCCUCAAUUUCUUUUUUAUUGGAAUUUUCGUCUACCUGCGUUUUUGUUGCAUAAGUAACUUUUUAAAAGUUCUUAACUAAUCAACUGAAUUGUUUAACAUUUCAAUUGUUUCGAAUUACUUUAGUAAAAUUGGGAAAUAUUUGUCGCCUUAGAGGCAUA